AUGUCAUCAACAUCACCACCAUCAUUAUUAAAUACUAAAAAACCAAUGCGUGAGUUAAGUUCUAUUACAAAUCAUUUAUUAAUAACGAAAACUUUAAAUGCACUCGCAAAUAAUAAUAAUAAUAAUAAUAAUUCACAAGUAUCAACACCACCUCCACUUCCAUCAACAUCAUCAAUAAAAGAAAAUAUUCCAAAUGAUACAAAUUUAAGUCAACAACAAAAAGCAUUAAAUCUUCGUCUAGCUGCUGCAUUAAAACCAGUUGAUAGAGAUCAUGUUGCUGCAUUACUUCAAUAUUAUCAAACAUUAAAUAAUAAUAAUUCACAAAGUAACGUGCAAAAUACUUCAUUAUUUGCUGAUAAUUCAUCUUCAUUUAAUAAUUUAUCUAUUUUAAAAACACAAAAUGCAACAAAACGAUCCACAUCAAUGACGUAUUUAUGUCGAUUUAAUCAACGAAAUCGUUUAAUAGAAGUACCAACAACAAGUGAAUAUUAUAAUCAACAAAAUGGUAUAUCACAUGAACAUCUCAAACAAUUACUAAUGCAAGAAUUUCAAAUACCAAAAUCAACAUUAAUCAUUAUUCAAAUUUGGAAUGACCAAUAUCAAGAAUAUAUUGAUGUUGAAUCAUAUAAAAAACUUCCAUUUGAUGGGCGUCUUCAAAUUCUUAUUGAGAAAGAUGUAAUAUCGACCGGAAAUUCACCGUCAGUUACAUCUAAGAGUCCAACAACACCAAUAUCAUCAAGUACAGUCACAACAAUGACUCGUUCAAUAACACCUAUACAAUUACAAACAAUACCUAGUGAUAAUCAUCAUGACGAAGAGUUACCAUCAAAAUCUUCUUAUGAUGAAGCAGGUAGCACUAUGUCUCCAAUGCAUCAAAUAGAUAAUUUACCAGCUAGUCAACAUAAUCUUAUGUAUGAUUUAUUACCGAAGCCUACUGAUGGUAUACCAAUUCCACGUUUUCCACCACAUAUAGCUGCUUUUUUAAAUGGUAAUGGUGAUGCUAAUCAAUUAAAUGCUCUUGUUCAAGCUUUGUAUCAAGAAAUUGUUAAAUAUGAACUUUAUCCAAAUGCUGAUGAAUUACGUUCAAUUGUUAGUCGUCUUGUUGAUCGACAUCCAAAUAGUCUUUCAGUUAUUGGUAGUAUUGAAUUAUUAGUAAGAAAAUUAUAUUAUAAAUUUUGUAAUGAACGUAAAAAAUACCCUGUGGAAUUAAAACGUCGUCAACCGAAUAAACGUAAAAGACUUACACGUGAUGAUGAUACAAUGAUUAAUAAUAUACAACAAGGAAGAAAUAGUAAUACAAUUCAUGAUCUUGAUCGUCUUAUGCAUCUAUGGACAACAACAAAUGAUUAUAAAGAUAUCAAAAUUGAAAAAAUUCAUCAGGAAGAACAUGAACAACAACAUUCACCAUCGGGUUCAUCAUCGGGUUCAUCAUCUCCCGAUUCAAAGCACGCAACAAAUGAUAAUCGUGAUCAAUGGGACGGAUGUCAAAAAUAUCAUCCAUUAAAUUUAUCGAUUGGAAACAACAAUAAUAAUAAUCUUAUGUGUUCUGAAUAA